AUGAGGGAGGUGGCCACAGGGCCAGGCCUCGAUUCCCACAGGCAGGCCGGGUCCCCAGCGCUCUCCGCAGUCACCUUUAGCGACAGGACGAAUCUUGUGACAGAAGGAGACCAAGUCGGGCGUCUGCAGCCCCCAGCGGGUGUGGCCAAAGAAUCUGACAAGAAGGGACUUUCUGGGAAACAGAAUAAUUUCGAGCGCAAAGCUGUGUAUCAGAGGCAAGUCAGGACACCUAGUUUGUUGGCCAAAAGCAUUUUAGAAGGUUAUCGCCCCAUAACAGCCGAGACUUACCUAGGAGGGACCCUACCUCUGCCUCCUCCAGUUAGUGACAGAAUGAGGAAAAGAAGGGCCUUUGCUGACAAGGAACUGGAGAACAUUAUGCUGGAGAGAGAAUACAAAGAGAGGGAGAUGUUGGAAACUUCUCAGACUGCUGCUUUGUUCCUGCCCAACCGCAUGGUGCCAGGACCUGAAUACAACUCCUUCAAAAGUGCUUAUAGCCCAUCCCCAGGGGAGCCAGCGAGCAAGGAAUUCUGCAAUUUGAUGCCCACCUGCCUUGAUCUUACCAUGCAGUAUUCAGGAUCUGGGAAUAUGGAACUGAUUUCUUCUAACGUCAGUGUGGCCACGACUUAUAGGCAAUAUCCGCUGUCUUCAAGAUUUUUCGUUUGGCCCAAGUGUGGUCCCAUUAGUGACACCCUCCUUUAUCAGCAGUGCUUGCUAAAUGCUACCACCUCAGUUCAAGCCCUGAAGCCAGGGGCCAGCUGGGAGUUGAAAGGAGUCCGGGACGGGCUCAGUGCAGAACAUGACAUGCUACCUCCCAAACUGGAAGGUCCCAUGGUACUGCCUCACACUCCAGAGAUCCAGACAUCCAGAAGUGACCUGCAGGGUCACCAGGCUAUCCCAGAGAGGUCUGCUUUCUCCCCUCCCCGGCGGAAUUUCUCUCCCAUUGUUGACGCGGACUGCCUGGCAGCUCAAGGGCAAGUCUUAAACAAGAUCAGCAAAGAAAACACCAGGCACCCAAUGCCACUUAAACCUAAUCCAUUCCAUUCAUUACUCCAGCAAACACAAAGUGACAAAUUAGGUCCUGAAUUGAAAGCACCACCAUUUGUCAAAGAAGCCUUUGAAGAGACCCCAAAGAAACGCAGGGAGUGUCUGGUCCAGGAAAACCAGAGGUACACAUUUACAAUAGAUAGGUGUGCAAAAGACCUUUUUGUAGCCAAACAAGUUGGAACAAAACUCGCGGUGAAUGAACCGCUGUCGUUUUCUGUCGAGUCUAUUCUCAAGAGACCCUCAUCUGCCAUCACUCAUGUCUCUCAGUGAAAGGCUGCUCCCAUGGACAGCUGGAUUCUUCUGCAGUCUCAGAGCAUUCUUGCCGUGUGCUUUUUUUUUCGUUUUAAAAUAAAUGUCUGUAUAAAGAAAUUUCUAACGUAAAUGAUGAUUCCUACAAAUUCUAUAUAUUCACCUGCAUGUACCUUUCCCUAUCACAUCAAUAUAUUUAAACCUGGAACUUGCUGAAGGGGCAAAUUGUAAAGUUCUCUGCUUUACAUUUCAGAAAGCAA